CGAAUGGAGUUGAAUAGUCUUCCGCAUGAGUGCUUGUUAAUUGGCGAAAGGAGAAUUUGCUCUUAAAAAACAUUUUAUGGUUUUAAACCAAAACAUCCGAGAUACCCAAACAGGAAAAUUAUUACGACAGUCAAAGAAAAUAAAGAAUGAUGAAAAGAAAAACAACCCUGAACUAUAUUUAGUGGAGGCGUUCCAGUUGUGAUGCGGUCGAAUGUCAACACUGACAGCAUGUGGAUCAGAUUGCUGAUUUGGCCAUCGAUUUCUUGAUCAAUGAACCGCUUAUCGCACAAAUAACAGUAAAUGUCGCGUGAGGUAUAUUUCUAUGAGGGUCUUUGCGUGCGAUUACUCGACUGUCAUGGAUCAUGCAAUUUCCCUUGUAGUGAUUGCUAAGUAAAUCAACUUUUUUUGCAAGAACAGCUCUGUUCGAUAGCAACUUUUGAGUGUAACUUACUGUAAGGGACAGGAAUAUAGUCGAUAUAUUUUUACAAUGGAGAUGACACUACCCUCUCUCUCAACUCCUAAGUAUCCAGUUGUGCCCAGACGUUACGAGGAAACCCGACCCGUGGUUGUUCAGGAUUUUACUCACAGAAGAAUCUUAGGAUUUGGCCAUGAGAUUCACCGGCGCCAAGUGGAACGUAUUGAGCAGGAGAAGCUACAGGCUAUACGGCAGGCGGAGGAGAUGGUAUGGCGCCAGGCCCAGGGGGGACAGGACACCGCCAUCCAGCAAGCAAAUAAACAGGCCAAGUUGGAUCAAGAGAAGAUAAUCAGGAAAAUGCAUAAGGAGAUGGACAAGAAGCUGAAGGAAGAAGGUCUGAAGGUGGAAAUGGCCAUGCAAAAAUUGGCGCUGGAACAAGUGAAGGAGGAACGUACAAAGGGAGAAUUGGCGCUGAAAGAAGCGGUGAGUCAAGUGGAGAAGAAGAAUGAUGCAGAUCUUCUUGUGGCAUUGGCUCGGGUUCGUACUGAGGAGAGGAAGAUUGCUGAGGUCACAGUCGCCAAACUGAAGAGGAAACAGGAGGAAGAAGUAGCUCGAGUGUUGGCCAUGGCUGAAAACAAGCACCAACAUGCCACAGAGGCCCUCGUGGAACAGAAGAACGCGGAGAAAGACGCAGCAGUCCGACAAGCUCACAAGCAGGAACAGCAGAUAGCAGCGGACCAACUCCGACGCAUCAGGGAGGACUAUGACUCCAAGAUUAAACUCCUGGAAUCAAGAAUUGAUAGCAAGGAGUCUGAGAUUGCCGACCUGAAGCAGCAGAUCCAGGACAUCGAGAAGAUGAAGCAGAAGAUAGAAGAUUGUUUGAUAGAGACUCGGCAAGAGCUUCAGAGCCUUGUCCAGCAUGUGGGUGGAUUCAGUGACGAUCAAGCCAGUUUUCUGAUGCCAUCGCUGUAUCUGGAUGAAUUCAAGAAGGUGUAGGAAUAUUUGUAGCCAUUGUACUUGGAAUGGACAUCUACCGAUAUGCCAAGGACAUCAUCAUUGUCCAUUGUCUGUGGACAUGAAGCUCCGGUUUUGGAGAUAUUACCCAAAGAAUUAUCUGAAAAAUGGUUUCUUGUUUUUAAGCAGGGUCAUGCUGUGAAUGUUUUCCCUUGAGUAUCAAAUGUAAUGGAUUGUUAUGUUUUUAAACAGGGAUUUUAUACAGGAUUUUAUAUGUUAAACUUUGUCAACUCCCCUCCCACUCUGCUCUGUAUCACACAGUACUGUGUGUUAUUCCCCACGACAUUACAUUCUAUCAUCAAGCAGCAAUUAGCGAGGAUGUUGUUCAGUAUUAUUGUUACCGUUCGCAUGUUCGUCAACAUUUUGUUUCCAUGGUUACUGGAAGAGAAGUGUUGCAAGAGUAUUGGUUACAUGACAUUUUUGGUAUGCUUGUGUUAAGUCAAGAUGUUUUGUUUCAAAAGUUGCAGUUAAUCAAUGGAUUAACUUCAUUAUGUACAACUCAAUUUCUGACAAGGAUACUGUGCUAGCUCACACACUUACAAAGUCGGGCAGCAAUGUAUUUAGGAGUUUACUUGUUUAUUUAUACUUGAAAUGAAGUUUUCCUUGUGCCAGGUCCAGCCCA